UUGUGAUGUAUGUUUGAUAAUCUUGUGAUGUAUAUUCGAAAUCUUGUGAUGUAUGUUCAAAAUCUUGUGAUGUAUAUUCAAUAUCUUGUGAUGUAUAUUCGAAAUCUUGUGAUGUAUAUUCUAUAAUCUUGUGAUGUAUGUUCGAAAUCUUGUGAUGUAUAUUCGAAAUCUUGUGAUGUAUGUUUGAUAAUCUUGUGAUGUAUAUUCGAAAUCUUGUGAUGUAUAUUCGAAAUCUUGUGAUGUUUGUUUGAUAAUCUUGUGAUGUGUGUUCUACAAUUCAGUGAUGCGUGCAAUAAAAUUGCAUGACGCAACAGAAAAGUAAGGACAAUUUUCAUUGGUUAGAAAUAACGAAAGUAGCUGAAGCGUCGGGAAAACCAUGCAGGUGAGAAAAAACACAUCAGUUUGUUUAUUGCAACACUAAUUACGAGAUGCACGAGUGUUGUUCCUGGUGACAUGAUGGAGAUAUUUCGGCCUGCUAGGGAAAAAACUCAGUAUUAAAACGUAGAUGUAUUGACAAAAUUUGUAGAUGAGCUGAUCGCCAACCAGGAGAUCAGAAUGAUCGCAUCUGCUCCUGCCACUUUAAGGAUGGUAAGAAGGAGGGGGACCCUGCAUAUUUUGCAUGGAAUGAAGGAAAGGCCAUGGAUUUCUCUGAUCCUGAAUGUACAAAAAGGAGGAAAAAACUCAAAAGUGAGGAGUCCCUGUCAUCUUCACAGAUGGACCAGUUGCAGAUUCCACAAGCACCAAAAUGUCAAUAUCAAGAAAAAUUGAUAUCAGAGCACAACUACUCAGCAUCCUGCACAUUUAACUGUACUCAAGAAAUGCAGCGCCUCUCAACAGAAAUACAACUGGAAAAGGAAUUGCUUGCCCUAAAAAUAGAGUCUAGUAAAAGGAAGCCAAUAUCAAUCCACGAUAUUAAAUACAACGAAGAGAAGGUCUCUGAUCAGCAGGGGCAUUUUCUCUAUAUAUUAAGAAGAAAAUGGAGACUCCCUACCCACCCGAUGUAUUUUGUCGGACAGUUUUCUGUACAUUGCAGUCACCAAUAUAUCCAAAUAUCAUCACCGGCCCAGACGUCAUUCACUCCUUUGAAUUGUGCUGGUAGCAGUAAGGUGUCAUCAUUUGAGAUGGUCACAGUAUCCAAUACACUGAAGUCACAGGACUCUAAUUUCAUACAUGUUCACAGGGUCUCUGCCAAAAUCUUUUGAGGAUUUUUCCUCUGCUAGAGCAUCCAUGGAUGCAAAUGAAACAACCCAGGACAUCCCAACACAUAUGGAUAAUCAGGCCAUGGCCUACAGUAUGUACAAAAGUUGCCAUACUUUUAAAGCAGUAACUUGCGUGCCUCCAAAUGGUGCACUUACAUUUUGCUCCAUGCUGUACCCAGGUUCUACUUCUGAUGUAGCUAUUGUACGUCACAGCCAAGUUUUACGAAAGUUCAAAGCUGGAGACCUUAUUUUGGUGGUCAAAGGUUUCACCAUUCAUGACCAGUUGCCCCAGGGUGUCUGCUUAAUUAUAAAAGCUCUUUUAUCGACACGAGGCCAGUUUACCAUACAAGAAGCAGCACUGUGUUACAAGAUUGCUAAAGCACUUAUUCAUGUGGAAAGAGCCAACGAGAGGAUAAAGAAUUACGAGAUUCUCCGUCACAUACCAUCUACUUACAGACCAAUCUCAACAAAAAUAUUUCAACUCUGUUCUUGUCUUGUAAACUUGCAAGCUCCACUUUUGAAAGAAAUUACUUAAAGAUACAUGUACUUAUUAUAAAUUUGCAUUGGCGUGUGACAGUAUACACUAAACAGUGAAGAUAUUCAUACCAAAGUGCAAGGGAUAAGCAAAUUUUGAUUUGUUAUCAAUGUCAAUGGUUAUAUUUGUUAACUUUGUAGUAUGUUGUAAUACAUGUACUUCAGAAAAUGAAAAUCCCUUUUGUUUAGCAUGGAUUUAUUACAAGAAUGGUUGGCAAUUCGAUUCUUCAUUUGACAAUAUAAUUUGGAAGAGGGUUUACUUAUAAUUUUAAAUUUCUAGUUUAAAGUAUAUUUACCUUUAAAGCACAACUCAACAAAUUCAUGUUUUCAACAAUUUAUCUAUUAAGAAAGACAAAAAUGUUACAUUUUCACUUUGAGAAUAACAUCUUCAAUUCAUUAAUAAAAUGAUUCUAAAUUUU